UCUAGCUUCCUUCUCUCCUCUCCGGGCACUAUCCAUCUCAAAAACAGAGGAAGAGAAAAGAAAGGAUAGCAUAUUAGCAUCCCCUGAAGACUCUCUUCUCUCCCUACCGCAACUCUCUCUCUGUCACACACUUGUUUCCUCAUCAUGUUCUCCUCCAAUGCAUACUCCUUCAUGUGCAAGCCGGGCAUAGGUGGGUGGUCUUCGUGCAGCAACUUGUCUGCUUCACAGAGGAAGCUUUUGGGUUCUUCUUCGAGAAUCACGUGUUGUGCUCCAACCAAUAGCAAAAGCCACGGCGGCGUUGUCAUGGAGAAUGAGACAAAUGGCUCUUCCACGGUGGACGACUUCGACGUCAACCCCAUCCCCAGCGGCGGCGUUCGGGAUGUGUACGGCGAGGACAAGGCCACUGAGGAUCAGUUUGUGACUCCCUGGAGUAUCUCUGUUGCUAGUGGAUAUUCUUUGUUGAGAGAUCCACACUACAACAAAGGACUGGCCUUCACUGAAAAAGAGAGGGAUGCUCACUAUUUGCGUGGCCUUCUUCCCCCAUCAGUUAUUUCUCAGGAAACUCAGGUGACGAAAAUGAUCCGACAUAUACGCCAGUAUGAAGUUCCAUUGCACAAGUACAUAGCAAUGAUGGAUCUUCAGGAGAGGAAUGAAAGGCUGUUUUACAAGCUUCUACUUGAUCAUGUUGAGGAGUUACUCCCAGUUGUGUAUACUCCAACUGUUGGUGAAGCUUGUCAGAAAUAUGGGAGCAUCUUCAUGCAUCCUCAGGGUCUUUAUAUAAGUUUGAAGGAGAAAGGGAGGAUUCUUGAAGUACUAAGGAAUUGGCCUGAGAAGAACAUUCAAGUCAUUGUUGUAACUGAUGGAGAGCGAAUUCUGGGUCUUGGGGAUCUAGGUUGUCAGGGGAUGGGAAUACCAGUAGGAAAACUUUCUUUAUAUUCAGCACUUGGUGGAGUUCGUCCUUCUGCUUGCUUGCCUAUUACCAUCGAUGUGGGUACAAACAAUCAGAAGUUGUUGCAUGAUGAAUUAUAUUUUGGGCUCAGGCAUAAACGAGCAACUGGGCAGGAAUACACUGAACUUCUGCAUGAAUUUAUGAAUGCAGUCAAGCAAAAUUAUGGUGAAAGAAUCCUCGUUCAGUUCGAAGACUUUGCAAACCACAAUGCUUUUGAUCUACUUGAAAAAUAUAGAUCAACACAUCUUGUCUUUAAUGAUGAUAUUCAGGGAACAGCAUCAGUGGUCCUUGCAGGAGUAGUUUCUGCUCUAAAAUUGGUUGGGGGAGACUUGACUGAUCACAGGUUCUUAUUCCUUGGUGCUGGAGAGGCUGGCACGGGAAUAGCAGAACUCAUAGCACUUGAAACAUCAAAACGGACAAAUGUCCCCCUAGAUGAAGUGCGCAAGAACAUUUGGUUGGUGGACUCAAAGGGUUUGAUUGUGAGUUCCCGUAAAGAAUCACUUCAACAUUUUAAGAAGCCAUGGGCUCAUGAACAUGAACCUGUUAAGGAACUUGUAGAUGCUGUUAAGGAAAUUAAGCCAACGGUGUUAAUUGGAACAUCAGGACAAGGGAGAACUUUUACUAAAGAUGUUAUUGAAGCUAUGGCUUCCAUUAAUGAGAAACCAAUUAUUCUUUCUCUUUCCAACCCAACAUCACAGUCGGAAUGCACUGCUGAAGAAGCUUAUACUUGGAGCCAGGGACGUGCCAUUUUUGCUAGUGGGAGCCCAUUUGCCCCCGUUGAAUAUGAUGGAAAAGUGUUUGUGCCUGGCCAGGCUAAUAAUGCAUACAUUUUUCCUGGAUUUGGUCUUGGUUUAAUAAUGUCUGGGACCAUUCGAGUGCACGAUGACCUGCUUCUGGCAGCUUCUGAGGCUUUGGCUUCACAGGUGACCCAGAAGGACUAUGACAAGGGACUCAUAUACCCACCAUUCAGCAACAUCAGAAAGAUUUCAGCACGCAUUGCUGCCAAUGUUGCUGCUAAGGCCUAUGAGCUUGGCUUGGCCACUAGCCUUCCUCAACCAAAAGAUUUGGUGAAGUUUGCUGAGAGCUCUAUGUAUACACCACUCUAUAGAGGCUACCGGUGAAGUGAAAAUAAACCAUUUUUCAAUUUUUUGGGUUUUUUUUUAUUACAAAAUGUUUUUUCUUACUUUUCUGCCCAAGUUAUUGUAUUUGGUGGAAUAGAAGUUAAGGUGGUUGUUAAUAUAGGUAGAUGGACUCAAGCAGAGCUUGAAAUAUUUUGUAUUUGGAUAUGAAUUUCAUGUGACAAUAAUUUAAAUUAGAAAAUGAAGCAUUUGUAAGCA